AUGGGCAUCGUCGAGAAGAUUAAGGAGAUCGAGGAGGAGAUGGCUAGGACUCAGAAAAACAAGGCUACAGAAUAUCACCUGGGUCUUCUGAAAGCAAAGUUGGCUCGAUAUCGGGCCCAGCUUCUCGAACCCGCAUCAAAGUCUGGGCCAGCCGGUGUCGGGUUUGAUGUGCAGAAAUCAGGAGAUGCCCGAGUUGCAUUGAUAGGAUUUCCAUCCGUCGGGAAGUCCACCCUCCUCAGUAAAUGCACUCACACCGCAUCUGAAACAGCAGCAUAUGAAUUCACAACCCUUACUGCGAUACCUGGGGUGAUCGAAUACCAGGGGGCACGUAUACAAUUGCUCGAUCUUCCCGGAAUUGUCGAGGGUGCUAGCCAAGGCCGCGGUCGAGGACGACAGGUUGUUGCUACGGCGAAGACGGCCGAUCUCAUUCUCAUCAUGCUCGACGCAACGAAGUCUGAAGAGCAGCGACGGCUUCUCGAGAUCGAACUCGAUGCGGUUGGCAUCCGCCUUAACAAACGCAAGCCUGACGUAGUGUUCAAACGACGGACAACUGGUGGUAUAACCCUGAAUACUACAGUAAAACUCACCAAGACAGACGAGAAGACUAUUCGUACCAUUCUAGCAGGAUAUAAACUACACAACUGCGAUGUGAUGAUCCGAGAAGAUAUUACAACAGACGAGUUCAUCGAUGUUCUCAUUGGAACUCGAAAAUAUAUACCUUGUUUAUAUGUUUAUAACAAGAUUGAUGCGAUUAGUCUGGAGUUGGUAGAUAAACUUGCAAGAACGGAGAAUACGGUCGUGAUCAGUUGCGAGAUGGACCUCAAUCUGGACUACCUUAUCGAGCGGAUAUGGGAAAGCUUAGAGCUUGUCAAAGUCUACACGAAGAAAAGGGGUGCACGACCCGACUUGUCGGAUCCUGGCCGUUCAUCCAAGUUCUCGCCCCAUGCACAGAAGGUCAGUUUGAACCAUCAGUUGCAAGACGAAGAUGUUGUCUCAAUUUUCACGAAGUAG